CGGACGCCUCCCCGAGGCCAGUGCACCGUGCCCAGCAGCCUCGCGGGCCUGCCGCUGGAGCUGCGGGCCGGGGCGGACCUGUGGACGGAGUGGACGGCCGUGAGGGCCGAGGCCUUCGACCUCGUCCUCGGCGGCGACGGCAUGAACGCCGCAGGCGGGCGGCUGACGCUGCUCCGCGGCAGGGAGUGCUACGGCGGCGGCAUCGCGUCGGUGUGGCCAGGGGCCCCCACGGAGAGCUUCGGGGACAAGUCCGCCAGCUGGCGCGGGCUCCCGGGCCAGGAGGCCGGGUACUACAGCGCCUGUUGGUGCGACUGGGUCGACCCCACCGACGGCUGCGUGCUGUGGCAGCCCGUCGGGCGCCUCGCCGUGGCGGGCCCCACCGCUCUCCUGGAGCCCCUGCCGCAGUUCUUCGACCCGGGCGAGCCCUUCCUGCUCCGCGCGUCGGGAGUCAACCUCUCCGCGGCCGACCGCCUCGCCGUGGUACCGGGCGGCUCUUGCGACGCCGGCGGGACCAGCGGCGCGGCGAAGGAGGCACCCCAGAGCGCUACCGGAGGCG